AUGGGAUUAUUGGACAGUAGUGAGAAUGAAGCAUUGAGAAAGAUGUUUAUGUACAUGAGAUUAUGCACCCACGAUUAUGAGGAAUAUGAAGCGAUGUACGAAAGAGCAGAGGAAUUCGCGCUGGAGAUAUCGAAAAGCAUACUGGUGAACGAUGAAAAAAUAUACAGCGGAUUCGUCGUCCUGGAAGACGGAAGUCACGUGGGAGAAAUAGAAGACGAAGCAUUAGACUCGAUAAUUCAAGAAGGAGUCAGUGACACGAAAGAAAUGCAUAGAAGAUGGUACCUGAGAAAUUUCUUUGGACAGUUCUACCUGAAAACAGCUUCCAGAGCACUUACUGAGCGAUUAAAAAGCUCGUAUUCCGACAGGAAAAUACAACUUACUCCGCAGCAGAAGAAACUAUAUCUUUGCGAGCCUGAAAUGACGCAUUUAGAUGUUCAUUCUUUGCUCCAAGAGAAAGUGGCGACUUCGGAGAUAUCAAUCGAGAAUUUUCAAAGAACGGCAAAGAUCAAAUUCCCGAUUUAUACGAGAAAUGGGCAGCAACUUGCCUAUCGAUUUUAUGUGGAUCAAGGGCUGAAUGAAACAGAGGCAAUCAAUGCGUUCGAUACGUUGUCAAUCGAUGAGCGAGCAUACUGGUACUUUUUAAAAUAUCUACUUGCUUGGUUCCGAAAAGGGCACAACUUAAUCUCCUGCACCGAGCUUUUCUCCCUCAACGAAUUAAUUCUCACAGAGCUCAUUCACCAAUUUAACAGUUCAAAAGGAAAAGGUCGGACAACAAAGAGAUGGCUGACAUUGAGGACGGAGCUGAUCAAGCACUAUGAAAUCCGGGUCACGCGCUUUGAAGCAUUUUUUCGCGCGUUGGAAUACGAAUGCGCCUUGAAAUCAUUGACAGACGCGAAACAACCAAAGCUUGCAGUUAGAUAUGAAGACUUGCAUCUCAACCAACGCAGGAUCAUCUCCUACGCCUUCGAUAAAAUAGCAGAAACGCCAGUAGACGAGCAACCUCAUCUUCUAACUACCCUUGUUUCUUCAAAAGUUCCACAGCCCGCCUGGACCUGUAUUUACUCGACUUUGAACACGUCGAUACAAGAUAUGAACAUGAGCGAGCUCGCCACCGUCGUAAAACGGCUCAAAUGCGACGAUCUUCCAUACGAAAUCGAGAAAAAUGAAGCCGAAAGCAUUCUCAUCGGGGUUUCAGGACUCGUUAAAAUACGGACGAAAAGAAGCAGGAGGCCUAAAAAGUCUGAUUCUGAAGAAUUAGAAAACUUAAUAGAAGCUGAUAGCUGA